CGGCGUAGCCCCCUCCCCUCAAAAGAAAAAAACAAACCCUCCAAACCCCAGCGAGUCCGCCGCAGAAGUCGACGCAGCCGCAACCACCGCCGCCGCAUCCGAUCCCAUGGCGUCCCCGUCCGCGCCAUCGCCGUCGUCGUCGCGGCCGCAGCGCUCGCCGGACGAGGUCGAGGACAUCAUCCUCCGCAAGAUCCUCCUCGUCUCCCUCGCGGCCCCGUCCGCCCCCAACCCCGCCGUGCCCUACCUCGAGCUCACCGCCGCCGAGCUCCUCUCCGAGUCGCGCCCCCUCCUCGCCCUCCGCGACGCCGCCGAGCGCCUCCUCAUCGACCGCCUCUCCCUCCCGGACGCCUCGCCGCCGCCCUUCGCGUUCCUCGCCGCCGCCUUCGGCCGCGCCGCGGACGAGGCCCGCAAGAUCUCCACGAUCCGCGACCCCGCCCUCCAGGCACGGCUGCGGGCGUCCAUCGCCCACGUCCGCGGCCUCAUCCUCUCCUACGCGCGCAUCGUCGCGGGGAAUCCGGACACCUUCCCGACGCCCCCCAACGCGCCCCACCCCGCCGCCGAGCUGCUCGUCUUCCUGCUCGCGGAGGCCGCCGACCCGCUCGACUCCGCCCCGGCCCCCGGCGCCCCGCCGCCGCCGGGCUUCCUGGACGAGCUCUUCGGGAACGCGGACUAUGACGCCGUCGAGCCGGUGAUGGGCGAGCUGUACGAGCGCCUGAGGCAGAGCGUCGACAAGGUAUCCGCGCUGGGCGACUUCCAGCGGCCUCUCCGUGUGCUGAAGCGGCUGGUGGGGAUCCCCAACUGCGCCAAGGCUCUGGUACAGCACCCCAAGUGGAUUCCUAAGAAUCAAAUCAUGCUGAUUGGGGAAGGAAGAACCAUGGAGAUCUGCAGCUUGCUUGGGGCCUUCUUCCAUGUCAGUGCUAUUCCCGACCGUGAAUUUGCAAGCCAGCCUGAUGUUGGGCAACAGUGCUUCUCUGAUGCAUCUACACGGCGGCCGGCUGAUUUGCUGUCAUCAUUUGCAGCAAUACAAAAUGUUAUGAAUAGCUUGCAGGAUGGGCUGAGGGAUGUUCUUCUAGUGCUGCUUAAGAAUUCGGAUACUCGAGAAAAGGUCCUUGAAUAUCUAGCAGCGGUGAUAAACACAAAUGCAGGAAGAUCUGGCAUGCGUGUGGACCCUUUGAAAUGCGCAAGUUCGGGUAUGUUUGUCAAUCUCAGUGCUGUCAUGCUCCGUCUGUGCGAGCCUUUUUUGGAUAAAAUGGAGUCGAUGAAGGGCAAGAUUGAUGUCAAGUACCUCUUCUGCAACAGAAGAGUAGAUUUCAAGAGCUUGACCGCUGUAAAUGCCUCUUCAGAAGAAGUCUCAUCAUGGAUAGAGAGCUGGAGCCAAGAUAAUGCCAGUGGGAAGGCAAAUAAAGAGAAUUUCUCAUUUAUUUGUGAAUGUUUUUUCAUGACGGCAAGGGUACUUAAUUUGGGAGUGAUGAAAGCUGUGGCAGAUCUUAAACAUAUCUCUCAGGAACUUGCAAGGUGUGAAGAUGAUUUGGAAGCAAACAAAGCAAUCAGAGAUCAAGGAGGAAGUUCACCACAGCUUGAGCAAGAUAUAACACGCUUGGAGAAGAUAGUUGCAGCCUUAUCCCAAGAACAGUUCUGCUAUGAAUCUCAGAUACUAAGGGACAGUUCUUUCCUUCAGCGUGCACUAUCUUUCUACAGAUUAAUGAUAUUGUGGUCAGUAGACCUAGUUGGGGGAUUUAAGAUGCCUUUGCCAUCAGAAUGCCCCAUGGAAUUUUCUUGCAUACCGGAGCAUUUUCUUGAUGAUGCAAUGGAUUUACUUGCUCUAACCUCUAGAAUUCCAAAAGCUCUGGAGGGCUUCCCAUUGGAUAAUUUUCUCAAUUUCAACAUCAUGUUCAUGGCGAGCUCUUCUUACAUUAAAAAUCCUUACCUGAAAGCAAAGAUGGUUGAAGUUUUGAAAAGCUGGAUGCCACAAAGAAGCGGCUUGAAAUCCACAGCCUCGUUAUUUGAGGGGCACCAACUGUGCCUUGAUUAUCUUGUCAAGAAUCUUCUGAAGCUUUAUGUGGAUAUUGAAUUCACUGGCUCCCAUACACAGUUCUUCGACAAAUUUAAUAUUCGACACAACAUUGCUGAGCUUCUUGAGUAUUUAUGGGAUGUUCCCAGUCAUCGAAAUGCUUGGAGACAAAUGGCUAAAGAAGAGGAAAAGGGCGUCUACUUGAAUUUUCUGAACUUCCUUAUCAAUGAUAGCAUCUAUCUUCUUGAUGAAAGUUUGAAAAGGAUUCUUGAGCUAAAGGAAAUAGAGGCUGAAAUGGCUAAUACUGUUGCAUGGGAUAGCAGACCUGCUCAAGAAAGAGAGGAGCGGUUGCGCGCAUUUCAUCAGUCAGAGAAUAUUGCUCGAUUUGAUAUGAAGCUUGCAAAUGAGGAUGUUGGGAUGCUUGCUUUCACGUCAGAACAAAUUCCAGCACCUUUGCUUCUUCCAGAAAUGGUGGAAAGGGUGGCGAGCAUGUUAAAUUACUUCCUCUUGCAGCUUGCUGGUCCCCAGAGGAAAUCCUUGACUGUAAAAGAUCCAGAGAAGUACGAGUUCAAACCGAAGCAGCUAUUGAAACAGAUUGCUACCAUCUAUGUCCACAUUGCAAGGGGUGAUAAGGAAGCUGUCUUCCCAGCUGCAAUCUCAAAAGACGGAAGGUCAUACAGUGAGCAGUUGUUUGCUAGUGCAACUAAUAUUUUGUGGAAGAUUGGGGUAGACCCCCAAAUCAUACAGGAGUUUAUGCAACUUGCAGGUAAAGCAAAAGCUGCUGCCGCUGAGGCCAUGGAUGCUGAGGCUAUCCUUGGGGACAUACCAGACGAAUUUCUUGAUCCGAUCCAGUAUACUCUGAUGAAUGAUCCUGUGAUACUACCAUCAUCGCGGGUCACAGUAGAUCGACCAGUUAUUGUUCGGCAUUUGCUCAGUGACAGUACUGAUCCGUUCAACCGCUCCCAGCUCACUCAAGACAUGUUGAUACCAGAUACAGAUCUCAAGUUGCGCAUUGAAGAAUUUGUCAGGUCCCAGCAGUCGAGGAAGCGGAGGGCUGUCGACACUGAGACCGGGGAGCCUGAUGGUGCUGCUGAUAUGGUGGAGUGAACUGCUAAAAGCUGGGAUAGACAGUAGUUUCAGGCUGGAUCAAUUCUCGGUAAAUGGUGUAAAGUGCUCCCUGCAAAUCUAAGCUUGUACACUUUGUCAUGCAUUGCCUUAUCAUGGAUCGUUAGGUUAUGUCAAGUUCACUUGUAUAAGCAUUUUAUCAUUUUGUUCAGCUGUGAAUUAUUAUUGAUGUGUGUGUUAAAAAAAUGGCAUUUUUCCUAAAAAACAUUUGACUGUU